GUGAUACGACUAAAUGCUACACUAAGCUCCUUACCGUUCUUGGUUACGCCUAUGCCAUCGAGCGCGGCUGCUGGUCGGAUGAAGACGACAUCUGUGACGAGGAACAGUCAAACAACUGUGCAGGGACACUCAAAACUGGCACGUGCCUCAAAUGCUGUAAUACUGACAGGUGCAACGCGAACUUUGCGCAGCUGGCCGACGUCAGGAACGGGAUGACAACAAACCAGCAAACCAGCCAGACGAUCGACUGUUUUCGGUGCGGAGCGCUCUUGUCUUACAACGCCACGGGCGAUAUAACUGCCUCUGCAACUGGGGACAAAUCAUGUCUCACGAUCACCAACAACCGGACCUCGACUGUGCCGAUCGUCAGUUGUCCAACACAAUGCUACACCAAUAUCAGGACCCUUAUGGGGUACGCCUACUACAUCGAGCGGGGCUGCUGGCAUCACUUGAAUCCUGACACCUGUGCCAGCGUUGAGGAUAACAGCUGUAACGGCAUCCUCAAGACCGGCACGUGCUUCAAGUGCUGCAACUCCAGCACAGACACCCAGAUCCGCAAAGUUGGACAGAACGCCUUCUCCAUCGAGCGGGGAUGCUGGGACAACAACGACGACAAGGACGGAGCCGCCAACUGUGAUGCCAAGGUUGACGACGGCUGUAACGGUGUGCUGAAGACUGGCACCUGCUUCCAGUGCUGCAACACCGACUGGUGCAACAAGAACUUCAUCCUACUGGCCGGUGUUAACAAUGGUAUCAGCGGGAGUCACGUGAUGUCUGCGAUGACCAUUCUGCUCGUUGCCAUGGCAAUGAUCUUGUAGAAAAGGGCAUGCGCAAACCUAAGCCAGGCUACGGAGUCAGUCGUAACGUUACAUGUAGAAUAUGUAGAAUGCACUACUAAAUCUGAGGCGUUGAUGCUUUGAGUGCUUGUUUACAAACGAAUGUGAAUCUCUAAUAUGUGUCUGGUUGUAGAGAUUGAGUUAGAUACAGUAUAAGAAAUGUGUUAAUCUAUAAUUUGAGAUUGUUGUACAGAAAGACAGUACCAGCGAACUCAAAAUAAUGAUGUAUUUUUACACCUUUGUAGUCUUGAACAGAAUCGGAGAUCGAAGGUAUCUGUAACUGAUUUUCCCUUUCGCGCCACACUAGUAUGUAUGAGUUAAUUGUAGGUAAAAUCGCUCUACCUUUUCAUUACAGUGAAAUGUAUGCGAAGUAUAGUUUUGUACCGCUAGGCGACACUUCUGCACUGUCUGAUGAAGUGUGUUCGUCAGGAGAUCUGACGCGUAACCUCUGUUGCAGUCUUCGAACGGGACUGCUUUUAUUUCAGAGGGGAGGGUCUGGUUUGCGAUUUUCAACGUUGCCUAGGUUCUCUUAUGCCGGGAAAGGGGGUUUGCCGAGGAAGAGAGUUUGAAAAUCGCCAACCAGCCCUAAAAUAAAAGCAGCCCCGUUCGAAGACUGCAUUGGAAGCUAUGGCUGAAGAGAUCGUUGAGCAACGAACAUGCAGAAGACAUGACGUGUCUACAGGUCUAUCUGGUACUUGAACAAUGUCCACUUUGUA